CCGGGUUCAGCCGCCAUGGCAGCGAUGCGUGCUCCCAGUGAGGACCCGCCAAUGAUGCCAGUCCACUUGUCAGAACCUCCACCAAUUCCGGCAUUUGUGGAAGUCUUCGAGCAAAUGCAGGCUCUUCAUUUGAAGCUGUGGGACGCUCACCAGGCUGUGCUCCAGGGUGCCGUGCCACCACGGCCCUCAGCCCUACCAAUCCAAGCCAUUUCGCACGCUCCCGGGAAGAGCAGAGCCGGCUCGGAGGUCUCGAUGGAACACGAGGCCCAGGCCGCGGAAAUUGAUUGCGAGGAGGAGCCGACGUCAGCCAGGAUGUCCCGACGGCUCAUGCAGAAAGCCAAGAAAGCGAGUCACACCAUGGAUGAUAACAUUGAGCGCAGCGAUUUCUGGGAAAGCCCGGAAAGCCUAUGUCUGCGCCCGGAAUGGGAAGUGAGCGACAAGAAACUGAAGGAGCUCAAGCGGGUGCAGCGCCGGCUGUCCGCUAGCAGCAUGGCCAGUACCACCCUGCGAAGUAAGAGAACCAGGCAGUACCUUCUGCAAACGGACAAGGAUCAGGAGCAUCCAUGCUUCGUGGUCAGUCCACAUUCGCGCGCUAGAAUUUGUUGGGACGUCUUGGUCUUAUUCGCAAUCCUGCUGGAGAUCUUCACUGCCACUUACAUCAACGACACUCUGCAUUACCAGCUGGCUGACAUCAGACGGGAGUACCUCAGAACAUGGUUCCCCUUCGAUAUUCUGAUGCUGUUGCCAGAUGUCCUGGUGGUGUUGCUGGAGAUCUCCGACGGUCCAGCAGGUGUUCUACGCGUGGCUCGCAUCCAACGCAUCCUACGUCUUGGGCGGUUUCUUCAGAUCCUGAGGAUGUGGAAGAUGCUGGACAGAUACAGGUCUUCCCGCGGGGAGAUGCCUUCGGCGCGUCGGGAGGAUCUGCUCUCCCUGGUACGGCCCGUCGUUUACAUGUCACUCAGCUUGUUCGGGGCUGUGCACGUGCUGGGCAGUUUGUGGUUUGCUGCCGGAGACGCUCCUGGUGGUUGGGUCAUCGAAGAGGGGUUGAAGGAGAUGCAAUUGACCAGACAGUACACAAGGAGUGUGGAAUGGGCAAUUGCAAACCUGCCUCCAUCCUCCUUGAGAAGAACCGUUGAGCUCAACACCCCUCCUGAGCGAUGGUUGGGGAUUGCCGGCACCUGCCUGACCAUGUUAUGUGGCUCAGUGUUCGUGAGUUAUGUUACCAAUGCCAUGGCAGAUUUUGCGAAAAACCGGGUCAGGACCAAGGAAAUUCUUUGGUCAGUACAGAAGUAUUGCGGAAACCAUUGCAUUUCAUCUGUCUAUGCCAUGCAGAUCAAACGUUACGUGGAAAGAGAACAUCGUCGGAACCAAAUCGGACGCCACAUGCAACUCCUGAAAACCCUGCCAGAUGGGAUGGUGCGAGAACUUUUUCACGAAGCACACAGUUCGAUCUUGCACUCUCACGCAUUUUUCCGGGAGAUUGGCGAGGGUGACAGUUCGAUGGAAAUGAACCUUUGCAGUAAUGCGGUGUCCGAAGCACAUGUCCUUGCAGGGGAUAUCAUUUUUGAUCUUAGCAACAAACCCAAAGGCAUGUACUUUCUGGCACAGGGUGUUGGCAUCUACUUCCACAGCUGUUCUCCACCCAUUGGCACUGCACGAGAGGACAAGAAUGCGACCAUUGUUGGACAUCAAAGCAGUAUUUUGCCGAGCCUCUUCCCGAAGAAGGUCCGCUCCAGACUUGACGUUCACAUGCUUCAGACCAUCGUCGAGUGUGGAGAACAUCUGGCAGAACCAGCUCUGUGGGUUAGUUCCUGGAGGCAUCAGGGGCAACUGCCGGCUACCCUGGACGCACGCACGGUGCUGGUGUCGACGGAUCAGCUUUUCAAAGUGUUGCAAGACUAUGCAAGAGCUUUUGCAGAUGCCAUCCUCUACGCCCGGUGUUUUGUGAAGGAAAUGAACAAUUUGUCACAAAUCUCGGAGGAAAUCACCGAUUUGCCGUUUAAGAUUCGCCCCAGGAGCUCUGGUGGAAUCAGUGGAAUGGGUGUUCGGUCUGGUCAAGUACUUCCUGAGAACCGUGUUGUUCAGACAGACGAGCAUUUCCUGCCAUAAUACACUGGACCGCUUGACCUUUUGGACGUGUGAGAAUGUGUGAGAAAUCUGAAAUGAGGUGAGCGCUCCCCAAAAAGACAUACAUCGACAGGGCGGCAUGGCGUCUCUUGCCCCAUUAUAUCCCUAGG